AGUCCCUGGGCACAUUAAAACGGGGCAGCACCGGCCUGGCAGAGCCGGGCCCGGAGCAACGCCGGGGGUGUUCGGUGCUGGGGGCCCCUCUGGGUGCAGGAACCAUCCCCUCGCCCUGUCCCGACCUGGAAACUGCCCCCCAGCCCUGGUAUAGUUCGUUUUGGAAGUGGAUAACUGCUCAGGUUGCAAGGCUAACAAGAGUGCUGAGAGCCCAGUUUGGGGGAGCCAUGGAAGAGUCUUCCCAACCCGAUAAAUCCCUGGAGCCGAACGCUCACUCCCGCUUUAUGAUUGGCUCUGUGUCAGAGGAUAACUCGGAGGAUGAGACGAGCUCCUUGGUGAAACUGGACCUGCUGGAGGAGAAAGAGAGGUCUUUGUCACCUGUGUCUGUCUGCUCGGACUCCCUUUCAGACCUGGGGCUUCCAAACACUCAGGAUGGCCUGACAAGCCAUAUGAGGCCCAGCAUGUCUGGUUUGCACCUUGUCAAGCAGGGCCGGGACAGGAAGAAGGUUGAUGUGCAGAGGGAUUUCACUGUUGCUUCUCCAGCAGAAUUUGUCACCCGGUUUGGAGGAAAUAAAGUUAUUGAAAAGGUGCUGAUAGCAAAUAAUGGCAUUGCAGCAGUGAAGUGCAUGAGGUCCAUCCGGCGCUGGUCCUACGAGAUGUUCAGGAAUGAAAGGGCCAUCAGAUUUGUUGUCAUGGUGACUCCUGAGGACCUGAAGGCCAAUGCAGAGUAUAUUAAAAUGGCAGAUCACUACGUGCCCGUUCCAGGGGGACCCAACAACAACAACUAUGCAAACGUGGAACUCAUCCUUGACAUUGCCAAGAGGAUUCCAGUGCAGGCUGUGUGGGCUGGCUGGGGCCAUGCAUCCGAGAACCCUAAACUGCCAGAACUCCUGCACAAAAACGGGAUUGCUUUCAUGGGUCCUCCAAGCCAAGCCAUGUGGGCCUUAGGAGAUAAAAUUGCUUCUUCCAUCGUGGCUCAGACUGCCGGCAUUCCGACCCUUCCUUGGAGUGGCAGUGGUCUCCGAGUGGACUGGCAGGAAAACGACCUCCAGAAGCGUAUCCUGAACGUUCCCCAGGAGCUCUACGAGAAGGGCUACGUGAAGGACGCAGACGACGGGCUGCGGGCUGCUGAGGAGGUUGGCUACCCUGUGAUGAUCAAGGCUUCUGAAGGAGGAGGAGGAAAAGGAAUCAGGAAAGUUAACAAUGCAGAUGACUUCCCCAGUCUGUUCAGACAGGUCCAGACUGAAGUGCCGGGCUCUCCCAUCUUUGUGAUGAGACUGGCCAAGCAGUCCAGGCACCUGGAGGUGCAGAUCCUGGCAGACCAGUACGGCAAUGCCAUCUCCCUCUUCGGCCGGGACUGCUCCGUGCAGCGCAGGCACCAGAAGAUCAUCGAGGAGGCUCCUGCCUCUAUUGCAACUUCCACAGUGUUUGAGCACAUGGAGCAGGUGAGGUGAAGCUGUGCCA